GGAUCAAGGCAUUCAUCCAACCUAAUUUAGUGUAUUUUUUGUUUAAGUUAAUUGAAGUGUUCAAAAAAUUAAUAUUUUUAAAUUUAGUUUUCAAAUAUAAUGUAAACAGCUAUAGAUCAUAUUCCCGACAUGCGUGUUUGCAGCACUACCCCGAGCAUGCGCAUAUCGUUCACACCGUAACGAACCUGCUUGGGAGCGUUCACAAAAGACAUCUUGAAUAUUGAAUUCUUAAAGCAACAAUGUUAAAAAUUUCAAUUUUAAAGAUUGAAGACCCCGGUUGUUUUUGGGGCAGAAUACUCCAAGGAUUCGGUGUUCUUGCUGAAAGCCCGAAAGAGUACCAGAAAUUGCAUGACCAAAUGAAUCUCUUCUACCACGAAGUUCACCAGGAUAUUGAUAAAAUAAAGCCAGCAUCUUUGGAACAAGGACAGAUUUGCAUUGUGUAUUCCAUUGAGCUGAAAAGCUGGUGCAGGGCCUUUGUGGAAUCUCUGUUUUUAAGCACCGAUGGGUAUCAUGCCAUGUGCUUUCUUGUCGAUAAAGCAGAACGCAUUGUAGUGAAAGCAGAUGAUGUCCGAGCACCUGUUGAAAAGUUUAUGAAUCUUCCAUACUGGGCAAAAAAGUUCAGACUCAGUGGUGUACAGCCAGUAACAUUGCUUGUUGACAUCUGCAAUGAAAAAGCAGGAUUGAUACCUACAACAAGGUGGGACAGUGCUGCUAUCCAGUAUUUCAUUAAUAUUGUACAAGGCUCUACUUUGACUGAGGCAAUGCUACGCAUUAUCGAAGGGGAUUCUUUUGGCAUUGAGCUCUACUUGACCAUCAACAAUGAAAAGAUUUGUGUUAAUGAUGACUUGGUUAUAAAGAAGUUUGCGUGCUAUUUAUCAUCAACUGAAAAAAAUAAAGCAAGUUCUCAGAAAAGUGAAGAUGAUGAUAACUUUGAACCAGAGAUGUCACCUUGCCAACUCUCCCUUCCAACAAUGGAUCUGUGCAAAGAAAGCAGAAGCCCUGCUGAAAUACUGUGGCCUGGCUUCAUGCAAGGGACAACACUUAAACAAGUUUCUGUGCAGAGAGAACAUACAAAUCCAGUUGUGGUGAAGCAAGAAAACGACAUGGCAGUGCCAGAAAUACCUGUGCAAGUGGAGAUGUGUCCUGUACUCGAACAAAAGACCAUUAAAUCUGACCCACAGGAUGAAUACAGGAGAACCGUAGAAAACCUCAUAGAAAAAUCAAAAAUCAUGGAUUUGAGUAGUCCGAAUUGUAACCUCAAAAGUGAACCAGUGGUAAAUGAGUUGGAUACACAGAAUGGAUUCAAGGAGAAUAUGGAGAACACCACUGAAGAUGCUGACCAGAUAGAUUUAAAAAGGCUGGCUUCUGAGAAUCUAGAAAAUGAUGGAACUGUAUUGCAUGAAGAAUGUCUUGUGGAAGAAGAUCCAGCAACACUUCAUGAGCUCCAUGCAGAGCUGCCAAGUACUCGUGAUUGGAACAUUAAUGCACCAAAGGAUAUUGAUGAAGAACUUGCGAAGGCUAGAUUACUCCAGUUUCUAAAUCCUGAUCCUCUGAAUCCUGAAAGUGAACCAUUGAUGCAUACGCAGGGUGUACUCGAAAAUAGAAGUGGAGUAUUUCUUCAUUCAGUCACCAGGAUUAGUCCUUGUACCUCCUUGGAUACGGCUCCCAUUACUGACAAUCUGAAAAAGGCACUUAAAAGGCAUAAAUACCAAGGACCAAAUCUUCCUGAAGCUUACUGCUGGCCUGCAAUAGCACGGGGUUGUGACACGGUGCUCAUAUCCCACAGUGGAAAGGAUCCACUGUCCUACAUUCCUCCAUUUCUUACGUUCCUGCAGCUGUCUUCAGUUUACAGUUCACUGCUUUCAAGGACUGGGCCGAUUGCAGUGGUUUUGUGUCCAGGAUGGGAAAAAGCACAAUAUGUGUUUGACACACUGGAAGAGUACAAGCUUUUCCAGCCACUGAACCCCAUGUUAAUAUUAGUGGGGUUGGGUAAGGAAGAAGCCAAAAACAUCAAAAUUCAAAAAGGAUGUCAGAUAAUAGUGACUACACCGAAGAGCCUUGUUAGAUUGCUUUCACACCAUUGCUUCCUUUUCCUUCGACUCUGUCACCUUGUUUUUGAUGAAGUUGAUGUGUUGUUUUCUGGAGCCAGUGAACAGAUGUCUGCUAUAUUGGAGCAUUUUAAAAAAGCGGCUACUUCUGAAGAAAGGGUAUCUUUGCCACAGCAGAUCAUCGCUGUUGGUAAUCGGUGGAACAAGCAGAUCAAAGACCUUGUUAGAGAGUAUAUGAGUGACCCUUGUGUGGUGAUUACAAUCAUGGAGGAGGCAGCGCUGUACGGAAAUGUGCAUCAGGUGAUCCUUGUUUGCCUGGACUGUGAAAAGAUUUCUGUAUUACUCAGUACAUUAGACUUCACCCCUGAUAUUUUCCAGAAGACUUUGAUCUUCACAAACUCGGCAAAAGAAGCAGACCAUGUGUUUACGGCUGUAAGCAACACUUCAGCAUUCUGCUUGAAAGUUCACGAGGGCCUGACCUAUCGGUUUGAUUUUGUCAUGGAGCAAUGGAGGAAAGAAAUAGGUCCUGGUACACACAUCAUUCUGGUUUUGACCAAUGACUGCAUGAAAGCUUUGGGAAUUACAGAUGCCACUUGCAUAGUGCACUUCAGUUUCCCCAGCACUCCCAAAGUGUUUGGAACCCGUCUGUGUAGCAUGUCUGAGAACUUUCGAAACUUAACUGAAAAGAACACUUUGGAACAGGAAUUCUCGAAGGCCAAAUCUGUAUUGCUGCUUUCAGAGAAGAAUGCUGGUCAUGUUACUGGGGUUCUGCGAUAUUUUGAACAUGCGGACGUCAAACUACCACCUGAACUAACUCAUUUUGCAGAGGGGGUUUUGAAAGCGAAGGAGGAACAAAAAUCUGGAAGACCACUUUGCAAAUACCUUAAAUGCUUUGGUUUCUGCAGUGACAGCAGAAUUUGUUCUGACCGACACUCUGUGCGCCCAGAGCAAGACACACAGCCCCACCCAACAUGUGGAACUGUAUCAGUGUUGCCAUUAUAUGUUGAGAAUGCUUCCUGCUACUUUGGUCGCAUUGUCAGUAAAAAGGAGGACCUGUAUAGCAGUCUUGCUGCUGACAUGGCUGAAUACUAUGCAUGCAAAAUGCAGGGUGUGAAAGAGAUCACAAAGGGUGGGCUGUAUGGAAUAAAAGAGGGGACUGUCUACCACAGGGUGCAGGCGUUGGACAUUCCUGAGAAAGGAGAUUGUCUCUUCUACAGCAUCAGUGUGAGGUUCAUAGACGAAGGCAGAACCGGGGAGGUGCGAGAGCAUCAGUUGCUGUGCUUGCCCAGUGAGUUUCAGAGUCUGCCUCCACAGGCUGUGGAAUUCAUAGUCUGUAGAGUGAAACCUAUAGAUAAUGAAAUAGAAUGGAACCCAAAGGUCAGUAGACACAUUAAUCAAAAAAUUAAAGGUGUACAGCAUGAAGCGAAAAUUGUUCUCCGCUUAGGAAAUACAAUUUGGGUUGAUCCAAUGAUACGGGUAACCAAACUAGCAGACUUGAGAACCUACAUAAACGAAUACAACAUCCGCUCGGAGAUCAUAGGCACAGGCAUGGGCACUGACAACCCUGAGCAUGUUGCACUCCUCAAACAGCUGUGUCUGAAAGAGGGGCUGGUUAAAGCAGAGGAGACCCAACAGGAAAUGAAUUUGGAGAGCAGCAUAUCCAGUUCAGUGCAGAACACCGUCAACAGCAGUGAUGAGCUUCCAGAAGUUUCAUCAGAUGAUUGUAACUCCACCCCAAGUGAAGGAACAGACAGUAAUCAACAGGAAUCCCUUUCUGUUUCUUACCUCUCCAGUGAUCAUGAAGAUGAUGUCUCUCUUGGAAACUCUGUGCCAGCUCUUGAAAACUCUUGCCCAGCUAAGAUAACGGGUGAUCUCAAACCAACAAGCAAGAUUCGUGAAGCAGUUCUGCACAAAAAACGCCUUCACCCAGAAGUCCAAUGGUUUCAGAAAGAUGAUUCUGUUAUCAUUAACAUCAAGAUCCAAAACCCUCAUGCACAUGAGUGUGAAUUUUUCAGUGACAGAGUGACAUUCAGUGCUCUUGUUGAUGAUAAGCUUUACUGCGCUGACCUGGAACUGCAUGACAGAAUCGUAGAAGACAAAAGCACAUGUGCCAUUAAAUGCAACGAGCCAGUAAUCACCCUAGUCAAAGAGAAGAAAGGAGUCUGGCAAAGAUUGCUUCAGCACAAGAACGCUUGUGUUACUCUAGACUUUGACCACUUUGAUGACUUGGAAGAGGAGGAGGAAGUUAUGUUUUGUAAUGGUGGGGAUACUACAGCCAAAUAUGCCUCAUCAUUGCCAGAUGAAGAAGGCUGCUAUGUCUACUCUGAUGGCGAGAGUGACAGUGAUUGAGGCAUGGUCUGCAUUGUUUUCUGUUUCUGUAGCUGGUGCUUUGGAAUAGAAUCCAGGCUAACGGCUGACAGUGGAUUGAUUUUCCUACAAUCUUGCUGUUUGUCAUCGCAGAAGUUAAUUGUUAAGUUUUCCUAAAAUUAUCAGUUUUGCAUUUAAAAAAAAUAAUUGAUAUACUGGGUAGUUUUAAAAUCCAGCAAGUUCAUUGAUUUAAAGAUUAUCUUUGCAAUGUAGUAACUGAUAUCUGAAGUUUUGGAUUAGGUUAUGGUCUUAUGUAAUUAACUAUGGAACAAAUUGUAUAUUGAUUCAAUAGUCAGCUAUGUGCUUGUAGGAGUUUGCAAACAAUUGCAAAAAAACUUUUAAACUGGCAGCUUCAAAUUUUCAGACCUGUUUUGAUCUGUUGCCUAAAAAGUCCACCACAUUUGGGCCAUGCGACCUUGAGGUUUCUGGGCGACGAAGCCCAAACACUUCAAGAAAUUGGCUUCAUUUGACCAAUCUAUGCUCAUCUAGUUCCUAGUAGCGGAUUCAUCUCAAAACCUUUUUCAAGUUGGGUCUUAACCCCUUUUGCAGCCAAAAAUGCCACCCCGCAGCCAAGCAGUAUGACUUUGUUUUUACCACACUGUCUUUUAAAGUGCUGUACAGACUUUUGAGAAAGUAGAGUGAAAAACUUGGCAGAACAAAGUGCAGUGCUCCCUUGCUACAAGGCUCUCGGUUAGGAGGCUGUGUGGUCCAGUGGUUAAAGAAAAGGGCUUAUAACCAGGAGGUUCCCGGUUCUAAUCCCACUUCAGCCACUAACUCAUUGUGUGACCCUGAGCAAGUCACUUAACUUCCUUGUGCUCUGUCUUUCGGGUGAGACUUAAUUGUAAGUGACUCUGCAGCUGAUGCAUAGUUCACACACCCUAGUCUCUGUAAGUCGCCUUGGAUAAAGGCGUCUGCUAAAUAAACAAAUAAUAAUAAUAAUAACACACCGGAUAUAACGCUCCUACAGCAUGCCCCCAGGUCUCUAUACUAGUGAUUUAUAUUUAUACAGUAAGUACAGUUCAAACUAUAAACAACUUCUCGGUAUAACUUUGUUUCUGUCUCUCCCUUUUGAUACAGUAUCUGAACUGAAGAAAAGCUGCGCUGGCACUUUAUAACAGACAUCUUAUUCAGCACUCGUUUUAUAACUAAAUAGAUAGUAGGCCUAUUACGUGGUUCUUAUCUAAUGUAUUUACUUUUUUGCUGCGGCUUUCUCCGAGAGACUAGACACUUCAAUCCCACUCCGACAGAUUACGUCUUCCCCUCGCCUGACCCGCUCUCCUUCUUGCACUUGGUUUGCUUGUCUGUCACUUCGAACUGAACUCCCGACCGCCAUUUAGCCAGGCUAUUUGUAGUUUAAGAACUGCGAAUUAAAAUGAUCCACGAGUGGGGAAUUUUUUUUAUUUAUUUUUUUUUUGUAAAAAAAAAAAAUAUAUAUAGCGUUGAUUUGCAUGGUGCUUUAUGCAUGGUUAAUUCACAGAAAGUUACAUUUUUGCUUCACUAUAUAUGCAUUAUAGAGAGGGAGUUAUUUUAUUUUGUAUUUUAGUCAGAAGUGUGUUGUGUCCCGCGGCGCCCCCCACCCCCUCCCCCGUAUAUAACGCUCGUGGGUAUAACGCUCAUAUUGUGUGUCUCCCGAGACCCACGUUAUAGCGAGGGAGCGAUGUACUACAUUUCCCAUACGAACAACACAUUUUAAAAUGUGGUGUGUGUGUGUGUGUGUGUGUGUUUUUUUUUUUUUUUUUUUUUUGUUUGUUUUUGGCAAGAUAAUAAAAUAAAGAGAGUGCAUUUUUAUUUUGUAUUUGUAUUACCGGAUUCUGCCGUGUCAACACCCAAGGGGGGGAAAGAUGUCGUGAAGGCAAAAGUGUGUGGGUGGGUGGGGUGGAGAGUGUUGAUUCGGGCAGAGGUGAAAUUACAGGCAUUAUUGCAGAGUAUUUAACAUUAGGUAGAUGGAUUACGUUUACAGUUAGGCAUAAUUGUCCACUGGUUUGUAAUUUUCAAAUCUUUUCACAAAAGAAACAUUAAACUUUAAAGCUGCAGUCUAGUGCAAAACCACAUCGUGAAAAAACCCAUUUAGGUUAAAAAAAAAAAGUUAGUUUUUACAUUUUAAAAAAUUAAUAAACAUGUGCAAUUUUUGGUCCACUAAACUAAAGGGCUUUACAUAAUCUCUGCAAGUAAGAAAUUGCUGUGUCCAGUGUGAAAACACAACACAAAAUAAUCCAUUUAACAUUAGGGCUGUCAAUUAAUCACAAUGAAAUUCUGCGGUUUUACACGUUAAUUGUUUUGGGAGAUACAUUUUUAUAACGUACGUUAAUAGCACUGCUGUUUUGUCCCUUUUGGUGUACCAUCAUUCAUUCCCUGUGGCAUCAUUUUAGUGUCACAGAACCGUAUUAUCUAGCAAAGCACUCAAACUGAAGGACUUGUGAAUGGGACGUUUAUUUAAAAAAAAAAAAAAACAACUGACGGUUCGUUGGUAGAAAGAUAGUUACUUGUAUCUACUGUCAAAGUGAGUUCCAGUAUCACAGAAAUGCAUCUAGUCUGCUGUACCACCUGUGUGCUAAAGAUGCUUUCACUUCUCAAAAUACACUUGUAGUUUUUCUGCUAGACAGCAACACAACAAAUGAAACCCGUUGGUUGAGUACUCAUGGUUUUUUUUUUUUUUAGAAAUUCAAGAUCGCUGCAUUUCGACAUUACUAAUUACGACAUUACUAUAACCAUUGCUGUUGGAUAGCUACCGACUGCAGACCUGUUAACAUUGUAGCUUUGUUUUAUUUUAAUAACCGCAUUUAUUUUAGACAAUAUUAUUUACAAUUAUGGAGGAUAUAACCGUUACUCAGUGAAUAUUUUUUGUUUUAUUUAGGCAAUUUCAAGUUAUUAAUUUAUUUUUGUUAUUAUUUAAACGCCAGUGGAAAAACAUCAGUUUGAGUAAAGGAAACUAAUAAUUGUAAAUGCAGUAAGGUGAGUAAUAAACUGACUCCAUUGUGAUUUAGCAGUUGGUUAAUACUAUUUAACAGCAAUGCUGGAUUGUAAAUAAAUAUAAAACUAUAAAGAGAAUCCAGAAAUAGGAAAACGGGUCUUAUGCUUAGUUGUUUUUUUGAUGAUGAUGAUGAUGAUGAUGAUGAUGAUGAUGAUGAUGAUGAUAGUGUAGGUCGGUAAAGUUUGUGCUCUCAUCAGAGGAGCCGGCCGGGUUUGUGAAGUGUAUAAACAGUGUCCGAACGAGAUUUCUCAGUUCUAUAUUAUUUAUUUCCUUGGCACAGGUUGGUUGCUUUUGUUACAGCAUUAUAAUACAGAGAUCAGUUAAAUUUUCUGAAAGUAACCUGUGUUAACGAUCUCUCCCCCUCUUCCCAAGAUACCACCAAACUCCCCACAGUUCAGCGAGAUUUCUCUGUUAAGUAUGUAAGCACAUAAGUCUUUCCAGCUUGUCCCAGUGCGUAAGGUCUUCCAGUUAAAGCUUCAGUAGCAUUCGCUGAUAAUUAACACACAAAGUUGCAUUAUCAUAUCAUUAAUGUUCAAUACAAAAAAAUGGUGCACGAGUUACAAGCUCUUGCAGUGUCUAAAAAAAAAAAUAUAUGGAUUGUAGCAUAACUAGGAAAAAGUAAUCAGACAGCAGAGUGUGUAUCAUCCGAUCUGAAACCGGCUAACUCCACGUCUUCGUUAUCUGAACCGAAAAUAACCCUAAUCCUGAAUCAUUCAAUGCCCAGAGCAACUACCGUAUUUCUUGCGGGUUAAGAUGCCCUAAAAUUUAAGACGCAGCCCAAAUUUCCCACCCUCAACUUGAGGGAAAAAAAUAAAAAAAAUCAAAUAACGGGGGUCUGAUUUAGAGCUGAGCCUAAUAACAAAAAGCUGCUGCUGUGGUAAACAGGAAGGCUUGCCCAGAACCGAGCUGAUCGGGAGGUCCUGAUUGGCUGGGGGGCAUUCCCAGGAGCCUACACCUGCUUAACGCAGCAGCGCCAGUUCGAGGCUACUGCAUAGCUACACAGGUGGGUGCUGAGCGAAAGCUUGCUUUGUUUACAUUGAGGAGGAGAGCGUCUGCUCCGCAGGUUAACUACUACAUUCUUGAAAUGUAUUUGCUAAGUGGCCCUGGAUAAGGGCGUCUGCUAAGAAAUAAAUAAUACAAGGGAACCCUGUCAGUCACGGUGCUGUUUGUGUAGUCCGGCAGUCACAUCUUUUGUUGGUGAUUUAAUACAUGCAUCACUACUGUACUUGAAUUUAAGACACAGGACAGUGCGUCUUAAAUUCAAAGGAAUGCGGUACUUCUAGGCAGUUUUUUCUAUUCACGUAAGCUACAAUAUUCGCCCUCAGACAUCAUUUGCGCAUUGUUAUUAAAAACUGGAAAUUUAAUUUUCAGCUAAAAGUUGGGGUCGGGUGAUCGUUCAACCCGGGGUGUUGACUCGACAGAAUCUGGUGUGUUUUCUACCGUGUGGAGUGACUUAUGGGGUAUGCAUUAACGACAUUUGAACUGCUGUACAAAAACUUACAAUAUAAACAAACAACAAUUAUUCUUAUGUGCUUUAUUGACCAUAAAGAAUAUGGCUGUGAAGCAAAUACAGUAACAGAAGUUUGAUAACAGGCAAACUCGCUGUGCAGCGAAAUUGCCAUGCGCAUUCUUUAUGCAUUACAUUAAAAUAUCAUGUGUAAUUCAAUGCAUAAAACACCCUUUACACAGCUUUGCUGGAGCGCUGCCUGUAGUUAUUAUACUCAUCAUAACCAACUUCUUGAGUAUGCCGAAGCUUACAGCAUAUAAAGAAGUUAAGCAAUGCUUUUGCUGAAGAGAUGACUAAUAAAAAUAUAAAAGUGUUAAAGGGUAUGCACACCAAUAGAAACCAGAGCAAAUAAUUAUAGAUCUCAUCUGAUGUUUCAUUUUUUGUGUGUAUUUAUGCAACCUACAGUAGUAAAUACACAUUGAUCGUCAUUUAUUUUCACUUACCGUGCAUCUGUGUGGACAUCUAGAAUGGGUGUCUUGUCAACAAAGCAUUUCCCAAGGGUGACAAGUCAAGAAUGUACAGCAAGAAUUUAAAUGUAGGAUGACUAGUGAGUACACUAUGUAAUGUACUAUUUUGUUUGAACUAGUUUAACUAUUGUAUUAUUAUUAUUAUUAUUUAUUUCUUAGCAGACGCCCUUAUCCAGGGCGACUUACAAUUGUUACAAGAUAUCACAUUAUACAUUAUUUCACAUUAUACAGAUAUCACAUUAUUUUACAUACAAUUACCCAUAUAUACAGUUGGGUUUUUACUGGAGCAAUCUAGGUAAAGUACCUUGCUCAAGGGUACAACAGCAGUGUCCCCCACUGGGGAUUGAACCCACAACCCUCCGGUCCAGAGUCCAGAGCUCUAACCACUACUCCACACUGCUGCCCUGCCAUGUAUGACAUUUGUUUUGCAUUACUGACAAGUUACAAUGGAUUAGAAAGCCAGAUUAGCUUGACAAAGACGCCAGCUGCAAAGAACUAUUUCGGCUGAAGAUACCAGUACAAGAAGGUUACAUUUUGCGUGUUUUUGGAAUUGUUUUUGUCCUGUUUGAUUAAUUCACUGAUGGUGAAAUGUAUUUUAUUCACAGUACAUUCUUUGUGUGUAUUCAAUUUGAAGUUCUGAGUUUAAUAAUAUCAAACAACUAAUCUGUAUUCAAAAUGUUAUUUUUUGUGUCCUCUAAUUUUGAAGAAAAACUGACAACUACAUAUGUUCUUUAUGUACGUUUUGUUUUCUUGGAUGUCCGUGAUGUUGGGACCAUUAUUUUGAAUUAAAGUUGGUUUAGAUUCA